CGGGCAACGCCUGUGAGAAAAUACCAAUUUCAAUUUGACCACGGACUAUGGCGGUCAUACUUGACACAGCUUACCAGGCCCUAAGCUGGAGCCCUUAUCUCUUGCUGGCUGCAUGCAUCCUCCGAUGUGUGAUCCUGCUCAGGAAACAGCCCUUUCCCGCCAAUGCUCCCAAAUUUGUGUCAGGGUACCCGAUGGUGGGGGCUCUGCAAUUCUUCUUCGAUCGGGAGAAAUUCUUUCGAGACAAUAUAGAAACCUCUCCAACCAAAAGCGCCAGCUUCUAUCUCGGGAGAAGUCGCGUUGUGGGUCUGUCCGGUCCCCAGGGCCGGAAGACCUUUUUCGAGAGCCUGGAUCUUGAUCUGGACCAAGGAGCCGAGCUGUUCAUCCCGUUCGUCAGUUCGCUGGAGCGAUCCGAUGACCCCUCCGCCGAGAUGCACGAUUCGCAUAUGCGGACCUCCCUGCGUGGGUUGCUGCUGCGCACCCACAGCUUGGAGUUCGUGCCGGCGGCCAUGCACGCAUGCACGGCCGCAACCUGGGACCUCAUCGCGGCCAAGGGGCUGAUCGAUCCGUUCCAGGAGGUGGCGUGGCUGUAUACGCAGUCCACCAUGGCGGCGUUAGGGUUGGACGAGGUAGCCCGGUCGCCUGCGCUGUCGCGGAAGUUGAGCGGACUGGUUAGUGCCAUGGAUGGAUUCUUUUCGGCGGCUGACAUGGUGGUACCGUGGCUGCUGAAUCCGUUCCACAUCCCCGUGGCGAUUGCCGCCGGACGGUUGUAUGUGAUGCUCUGGCAGAUCGUCCGUCGUCGGAAGCGGCAACAGCAGCAGCAGCAGGUGGGACGAGGAGACCACAAGAAAGAGGGUCUACUGCAGCAGCUAAUCGACAAAGGGAGUAGUAUGAGGGCUAUCUCGAAGGCGACUUCUCCGGGAGUCGCCUGUUGGCUACUGAUGGGGCUUGCAACCAACGCGGGGUGGAUGGCUCGCGUCCGCCAGGAAGUGGACCAAGUGGUCACCAAACAUCGAAAGCACGGGCAGUCCGCGGAGCAGGUCCUCCAGGCCCUGGAUUUGUAUACCUGGGAACACGAGUUUCCAAUCAUCGAGGCCUGCCUCCUGGAGAGUGUUCGGCUAUCCGCUGGGCUGGUGACGUUUCGUAAAAACAUCAGUUCGAGAGAUGUGCCCAUCGGGGAUACAGGCAAGGUGAUCCCCCCGGGAGCCUACGUGACAUAUAGCGGGGAAGAAGUGCAAAUGGACCCGACCAUCUACCCUGACCCGCAACGCUGGGAUCCCGGACGUUUCCUGCCGGAAGGUAACGGACACUGGAAGGAACCCAUGAUGUUUGUUGGCUUUGGCGCAGGCCGUAAGACAUGCUGUGAGUUCGCUGCUUCCCUGCAUUGA